UAGUGAGAGAAGCGACCUCAUGGAGCCACAACACAAGCCUCGUCGCCCCUAAAUUAACAACAACUCUAGCAAGGUUAACCUCGGAGGAUCCCGGUCAAUUUCAAGGGACAACAUUGAAGUUUAACUCUAACCUUGAAGAGUGAGGUGCCACGCCACAGCUCUAGUGGUGUAGUCAUAGAGAGGAGAAGUUACCUUCACGCAAACUGCAGCUAUCAGUGUACAGAGGAGGACGAGACCAGUCUGGGCACCAUGGCCGGCACCUUGUCCAGGACACCAGGAAAACUGCUUCAUGACUUUCUGAAGAGGUCAAAUGUUAGCAUCUUGACUAAUGGUUUGAAAACAUCAUCACACCUUGGCAGUGAGAAGAUUGUCAUUCCCAGCCGAAUAAAAAGAUCUUCCACAGAUAUUCUUGAGGCUCUGGCCAGCACUGUGAGUCGUGACUUAUCAGGUCCACAUUACAAGUAUCAUGAUGAUCCAUACUUAACUCCUGCCUCCAAUCUUGUCAAGCGUACCUUUUCCUUGUCAAAGGAAGCAGGAAGGAAGGCUGCAAGAUGGAUACGUGAUGAGAAUGCUAGUCUCUUUACACACAGACCAGAGGAACCCUUUAUUCAAGCAUUUUUUCCCAAAAUUACUUACAAUGAGGAAAGCAACGUGAGUGAAGAAACACUUCGAAACCUGAUCCGGAUGGGCUCUGUAUCGGAUGCUAUCACUGUCUAUCAGCUUUCUCAGUCUAAAGGCAUUGAGUUGAGCGAUCAAGUUCGGCAGGAGCUUCUAGAGUUGGUAGCAUACUACAACUGUGAGGACCCUUUGGAUGAAGAUUGGGUUGAAGAGCGUUGGUACCGUCAGGGGGUCAUGACAGUUAGAAAAACGUGGAAAGACAAUGGACUUGCUGAAGAGUUAUUUCAAUCAUUAAGCAACAAAGGAUCUGCAGCAUAUUGUGCCUUAAUCCGUGGUAUGGCUCAGUAUUAUCAGGUUGACAGAGCACAACAAUUAUAUCAGGAAUGCAAAGAAAAGGAUAUUCCUUUAGAUGCAGACACUUAUAAUUCUCUCAUCCGGGUUGCUUCAUAUAUGCGCGAUGCCUUUGAACUUCGGUGGCAGCUUGUCAAGGAAUUGUUGACAUCCAUGGCAGAAUCAGGCAUUUCCCCAAACUUAGGCACCCUGAAUUGUACUCUGGAGGCACUUGGUCAGGUGGCUAGCUGGCGCCAGGCAAGGCACCUCAGCCUCCAAGUCAUGUCCGAGUUUCAUGGUCUUGGAAUCCAACCGUCUCUAGCCACAUAUUACUACUUGUUGACGAUACACUGUCGAGAACGAGGACCCAUAAGUCAUAUCUUGAUUGAUAUUCUUGAUGAAAUAGAAGGAAAGGAGUUCACGAUUCAAGAUAUCAAAGACACGUUCUUUUUUGUUACUGCCAUGGAUGUUAGCCGCAAUCAUUUGCAGAGCCUGGAUGUGGCCCAGCGCGUGGACAAGAUGCUGCACACUGGAAACAAUUAUAGUCUAAUUGGAGAUGCUUACAAAGAAUCAAUUUAUUAUCGUCACUACUUUGCACUGGCCUGUUCGUCGCUGACUAUUGAGGAUUUCAUGGAAACAUACAAUGAGUUAGUCCCUCAUAUUUAUACUCCAGAGCCUGGGGUUAUGGAGGAAGUAUUGAAGUCUGUAAAAGUUCAUGAGGCCCUACAGUAUUUACCCCAGCUCUGGUCGGACAUAAUAGUAUUUGACCAAACUUAUAGGGAGCGUCUCCUGUCACUUGUAUUGUCAGCUAUGACUAAUCAUCAGCCAUCUGACGAAAACGAUCAACUUACUCAGCAGCUGGCAACUAUUGCGUGGGAUGUUUGGACAAGAGUGCAGGAACAAGAUGAGACCAGACAUAACAAGGUUGUAUGGACAGGUCAGAUGAUCGGUGAUUUGUUAACCACCUUGGUCCACUGUAAGGAGUACAAAAAGGCUUUGUUGUUGUUAAAGGAAGCAAAUAUUAAUGCCCAUAAAAUACUGGGUGCUGUACCAAUUAAUGCCUUACAAACACUGAAUAAAGCUGCAAUUGAUAAAAAAGAUGCUGAAACUUCUGUGAACACGGUUAUUUAUGCAUUAGAUUCUGGGCACCACGAAGCAGGAGAGAUGGUAAAGCAGCUUCAGUCAGAGUUAACUCUCAGUUCAGAUCACCGAGCAAAACUCUCUGCAAUUUUUGGCACUGACCUCUUAAAUGACUCUGCAUAACAACUGUACCUUUUAAGUUAUUAAGCUCCAUGGAGAGUACUGUAAAUGUUAUAAAUUUUGAACAAAAGCUCAGUGACGAAAAAAAGCCAAGGGCAAUGUACAGGAUUCAAGAGUUCUCAAAAAUAUGAACAUUGGUUUCCUCAAUUUACAUGUAAUAAAAUUGUAGCAUACUGUAUACACAAGUAUUUAGUAAAAAAGUAAAAUUG